AUGCCGGCUCCGUUCCGGCCGGCGGGUGCCCUCUUCCGCAACCUCGCCCGAUCAAGUCGGCGGCCUUUAGCCCUCCCAUUGCCGGCGAGCCAUACCAUCGCAGCCUCUAUUACGACAUCGCCAACACCUCGAUGGCACUCCACGUCCUCGCCCAACUCGUCACAGAAUUUCUCCUCUGUCAACCCCGAUGAGGUCUCGCACUUCAAUGCGCUCGCCGCCGACUGGUGGGAUCCUCAUGGGUCCUCCCGGCUACUUCAUCUCAUGAAUCCUUUACGUCAUGACUUCCUUCGCGCUUGUCACCGCACCGACCCCGAUUCCCCCACCCGAGACCUGACAUUCCUUGAUAUUGGCUGCGGCGGUGGUAUCUUUGCCGAAAGUGCAGCUCGUCUACCGACCACGAGACAUGUCACUGCCAUCGAUCCCACCCCCGAAGUGCUCGCUGUGGCACGUUCACACGCUCGCAAAGAUCCCGGUCUUCGCUCCAAACUCGAAUAUCGGCAAACAUCAAUAGAAAAUCUUCCUCUUCCUGCGACACCAAAAGAGGCCUACGAUGUGGUCUCGUUGUUCGAGGUUAUCGAGCAUAUCGAUGCUCCAGGCGCAUUCCUGGAAAAGGUGCGCCCCUUCGUCAAACCUGGUGGAUGGCUUGUUAUGAGCACCAUCGCGCGAACGUGGAUGAGUUGGUUUACCACCAAUUUCAUGGCCGAGGAUGUUCUGGGCAUUGUUCCCAAGGGAACACACGACUGGAACAAGUAUCUCAACGAGGAAGAGUUGCGAACUUUCCUCGCCGGUCGAGGCUGGAGCCACCCGAUGGUGCAGGGCGUGAUAUAUGUCCCCGGGCUUGGCUGGAAGCAGGUCGAUGGCAGUGAAAAGGUAGGUAACUACUUCUUUGCUGUGCGUAAAUCCGAGGCCUGA